UUGGCCGUUAUUAGGAAGAGACUAUUCAGUGAUGAUGAACGUUCUCCGGUCAAUGUUUGGGGUAUGCAGCAGUUCAGCCGAGAAGGGGGAAGUCCAUGACAUGAUCAAGAAGAUCUUCGGAAGUGAACUUGUCAUGAAAGAUAAUACAGAUAGGAAUAAUCAGCGAUCGAAAUACGUGAGCCACAUUCGUGAAAAUCUCCCAAAAAUGCUGGACGCCAAGAUAUUAAGCCCUAAGUCGAAAUCAUUGAAAAAAGUUCCCCAAACAAUAGCAGAGAACGCUGAAUCAACUGACGAUAGACAUGGUCGCAUUGGUCCAAAAAUAGUCGUGUUUGACGCAUCGACAGGAACUGGUAGACUAGUCUUAGUCGGCGAUGAAAGGGUCAGCGUUCAGGGCUUGUCCAGUUUUGCGACAAUUAAGGCAACAGCGUGCGUCUUCGCUGGCAAAUGGAUGUAUGAAGUUCAGUUGGGGACAAAGGGAAUUAUGCAAAUUGGUUGGUGCACAGCAGCCUGCACGUUUUCCAUGGACACAGGAGUAGGUGAUACGGCAAAUUCGUACGGCUUCGAUGGCGGCAGGGUCAGGAAGUGGAAUGUAGCCACAUCGCCGUAUGGGCAAGCGUGGUUGCCUGGUGACGUCAUUGCGUCCUGUAUAGAUAUGGAUAAAGGGACUUUGGAGUAUUUCAGGAAUGGAGUGUCACUAGGCGUCGCCUUUGACAAAGUGACACAUGGCUCCGGACUCGCAUACUUUCCCGCUGUUUCUCUAGCUAUGCAAGAACAUUUAUAUGCCAACUUUGGGCAUGUGCCGUUUGUAUUUCCAAUAGACGGCUACGCGCCUCUCCAAGCCGCUCCAACCCGCGACUGUGUUCGAGCAUCGCUUCUAUUCAAAUCUGUGGACGCCAUUUUGGAUGAAUUAACGAGAUUAUCGGAUCUGUCGCCGCCCGUUAUUGUGAAGAGUAGCAAGGUGAAAUCAGAAUCAUCUAAAAUCGAAGUAGCACUUCGUAUUCACAGCACAGACUCAGUCUACUCUCCACGCGCCUCUCCACAUAAUAUGCAAGACGCACAGGCGCAGGAUAUGAAGAAAAUGUCUAGAAAAGCCUUCCUCAUGUCUUUAGCUCGUCUGGUCAUCAUAGAACUUGGUGGAGUUCUCAAACUAUCGUAUGUGGUGGUGUCAGAAUUGCUGCCUAGAUUUCGAGUCGCUUUGGGGCUGCCUUCUAAAGGGUUGAUAGCGGAACAACACGCUAUUGAGUUUUAUACGAAAGCAAAGGAACAAAAUUUUUCUGGUCUAUCGGAAAAGUUCCUUGCCCAGCCACAACCCAGACUGUGUGGUCUGCUCGAAUUGUUAUGGACAUUUCUGGAUGAAGCAGCGUUAUGUGAUAUUUUGGAACACUGCGUGGUUCGCGAGUGUUUGAUGUUCGAUCUUGUUUCGCCGGAUAUGAACUUUAGCAAACAAAUUGAAGGUAUCUACGUGCUCUGCGGACUAAUGCAGCACAGAGAAACGCGGCAUCAUCUCGUCAAAUAUGUAUUUUUCAAUAAAAUAACAUUCGAUAACUUCAUGAAUGUGAAAUGCCCUGAUGAUAGUGUCCUUAAGACGGUCGUACGGAAACCUUGGUGGCAGAGACCAACGCCGGUUCAAGGGGAGACUGAUCCUAGGAUAGCUGAAAUGACAGAAAAGGGUAUGAUUGGAGGCACGAGUAUGUCUGAUAAAUUUAAGAAACAAACAAAGGAUGAUUCUCAACUAGAGGCCCAAUAUAGAGAAGAUUGUGAUAAAAUAACUCAAGCAAUUGCUCCUUUGGAACGUAUUCAGCUAGAAUUUCUGUUAAUGCUUCUGGACAACACCGAUGGCACGAACAUGGUCCCAUCUACCAGAAAGAUCUUUUUGGAAAAGUUUAGAAGAUACAUCAUGGAUAAUUGCAUAUUGGAUAUGCGUUUGUUCAACGUGUCCCGGAAUUCGCCCGCCAUUUCGUGGUGUUGCCACGCUCGACUGCUCACAGCGGUGUUACAGUUGUGGCAUGAAAACCCGCUUGGAAACUCUAACAUAGCCCCUCAUAUACCACCAAGGACGUUUAUCGAUGGUGAAUUGGACUUCUAUAACGUGGACCGACUGGGAGGCGUAUUACCAUUUUUAGUGAGGACUUUACGGCAAGAUCUCGUUAACAUUUUGGGCGAGGACAAUCCGUUUGUACAAAGCUUUGAGCCGAAUUACAAUCGAGCUGGCGGAAUCGAUACAGGAGUAAGUGACAUGACAGCUGGGUCCCCCGGUCUAGCGACGUUACCUCAAGUUAUAUCAUCAAUGGCUCGAUUCAUGCACACAGCUAUGCCACCGAUUCCUAACAGGACAACAGGAGAAACGGCACUAGCGCUAAAGGGCACUCGAUCCAUGAUGCCCGGGGCUGGCUCUAUCGACGUGAGGUCAGCGUACCUCAGGCUGCUAGAUGGCCUCUUAGCUUUGUACCACGGAGCUGCUAUCAAACAUGCUGAAAGGUUGUGUGAACUACGUGACAAUCAAAUAGACAUGGCGGAUUGUUUACACGACAUUGAGCAGAGAAUAACCGCGGUUUCGUCUGAACUUCAACAUGUUGGAGGUGCAAACGGAGAAUUAAGUGAACAAGAAAAGAUAAGAAAGAUGUUAAUGGAAAAGAUUUUAAAGGAAUUAGAAAGAUCUAAAUGUGUUUAUGAGGAAAAAUUAGAAGCAAGUGCGUUACAAAUGGCGUGGGUGAUAGGUGCCAUUUGGACGAAGCAGAGGCAACAAGAACUAGCUAAACAUUUUGCUGGAACUCUGCAUUCGCUACGACUCGCGUCUGAUUCGGAUUAUGCUGCUCAUAUACAGGUGGCAAGCAAAGAAAUUCUACCGGGAAAGAGUUCAAUCUUAGGCAGAGGGAGCUACGCAUCUCUACAACUUGAAUAUACGUCGAGUUCUGAUCAAAGUCCACAAAGUCCACCUUCCAGGACAACCACACCGAGAGCUGACUCUGCUUCACACGUGGAAACUGUCAGCAGAGGAACUCAAGAGUUUGCGGAAUCUCUAUUCGCAUUCAUACCAGAAUAUCACGUGGACGCCAUGUUGGAAUUGUGCAAUACAUUAAGACUGUACAUGCAUCCCACUGUACCGGUUAUACAAGUGCCUGAAUGGGAAGAUUUAGUGGUGUCAUGUGCAGCAUUCCUAUGCUCCGAAUUCGCUGACCCCCGCAUAGUGCUGGCCAGCACGCGCGAGUCGCUGGUGCAAACACUCGCCUCGUUCGCGACACAGCCGGCCACCAUGCGGGCGAUUGAGAGAGUGCCGCUGAAACAACAAAUGAUUAUGAUCGAGGAAUUAAUUCGGCCGUACCAAAACCGGGCUUGGGCGCAAUCGAAUUGGGUGCUCGUUAGAUUCUGGCACGGGUCCGGCUUCGGCUUUCGACACAGACAAUGGCCGCAUUUGGCUGCAAGGUAUGGUGAUAGAGAGCCCACCGUUAACAAUUUGGGCGCGAAAGUUGAUGCUGGACUUAUGAGCCAAUGUUUUGGACCUUGUCCAUCAGAAGUGAUACAAAGGCGAAUAGGAGACUAUCUAACAUCACAUCCUAAAGAAGCAGCCUUAUUUCUUAAUUCCCUUCUCAGCCAAUUAAAUUGGGCUUUUUCGGAAUUCUUUACAAUGAUGCAAGAGAUGGACCGUGUCCAAAUAGACUCUCAUCUAGAGCCUCGGCAAAUAAAGCUGUGCGCGACUUGCUUCGAUCUGUACCACGGUUUGGCUCGAGCGUUGGAGAUGACGAUGUGUCUAGCGCCGACUUUGGUGACUAAAUCGGAGGCCAGUGAUAACCAAAAUGAGCUGUUGCUUGGCAGGACAUGUCAGAUCCUAAUGGCUGUAAUAUCAAGAGUAUGUAUCCGUGGCGGCGGUAGCGCUGGCUUCAGUAGGUUAGUAGCCAGGGGGCUACCGGACACAGAUCGAGUGCACUACUACGUGGCACUGGCGCCAGUCGCUGGCUGCAUCGUGAGGUUGCUGGAUAGUAAGCUGCCGGCUGAUCAUCUGAAUAAAGUAGCAAGCUCACUUGUAUCAGAGCCCCUGUUUCGCUUGGACGGUCUCGAAUUCAUGCUCUCUAAGGAUGAUAAACAUUUCUCCUUUUAUAAAUACCCUGAUGACGUAACAACAGAAGAACUCAAAGCAUUAAAUUCCGCAAUAGAACGCUUACGACUAGCAAGAGAUAAUUUGAUAAAGUCCAAAUCUCCUGGAUCAAGUGGAACUCAGUCUGAUCUUCUCUGCACCAUAUGUUAUGCUAGACCAGCCGAUACGGCGUUCAUGCCUUGUGGUCACCAUUCCUGCAGGGCUUGUAUUAUGCAACAUCUAUUGAACAGCAAACAGUGUUUCUUCUGCAAGGCGGAUAUAGACACUGUCAGAGAAAUUGAACCAGCCAAUAAUUGAAGCAAAAAUAUUAUUAUAAAGGGUGUAAGCAACUUAUAUUGUUACCAGCCUGACUUGCCAUGCUUCGAAAUGGUACAUUAUUGUUGCGUGGAUGAAAAGUGAAGA